AGUACCCACCUACAUGCACGCCGUGCUCAAAGUUGACGUCAAAAGUAGCGGUCUGCUGUCCUCGUUGCCGUACAUCGCAUCUUUCUUCUCUACGGUGCUGGGCGGAUACUUCUCUGACUUCCUCACCAACAGGAACAUCCUCUCCAUUAAAUAUGCCAGGAUUAUUUGCAAUUCAAUAGGGUCAGUGAUCCCGGCGGCGGCGAUUGCGGCGGUGUCGUUCACGAGAAGCGUGCCGCUGGCAGUCGGCUGCUUCGUGUUGACGCUCGCCACACAAGGCCUCGUGCACACCGGCUGGAUGGUUAACUACAUGGACCUGGCGCCGAACUUUAGCGGCGGCCUGAUGGCUAUCGGCAACACCCUGACCAAUGUGUUCAUCGUCCUCAUGCCCCUCCUCGUCUCCACAAUUGUCACAGACGUCACGAAUGUAUACCAAUGGAGGAUAUUGAUGUUUAUAAUCGUUGGAUUAGUUUUCUUUACAAAUUUAUUCUUUGUAAUGUUCAUGAGCGCUGAUACGCAAGACUGGAACGAUAACGUCGCUGAACAAGAUGAUGCUCAAAAGGAUGCAAAGAAGACAGAAGUUACUAAAUGUUAAAGUUAAUAAAAUGUAAAUAUUAAAUACUUCAA